ACUCACUCAACAUUAUAUUCAUUUAUGAGUUAUCAGAUAUCUGUUUUCUCUUCAGUUAUUAUUUAGAUCUGUCCUGAUCCAGAAGAUGAACGGUGUGAUUUUCUUCUGUUUGUGUUUGUGGAGUCUGUCUGGUGUGUUUAGUAGUGAGUUUGUGUCAGUGACUGAAGGAGAUCCAGUGACUUUAUCUGUCAGUCUCACUGAAACACAGAGAAAAGAUGGAAUCACCUGGAAGUUUGGACAUCAAGAAACUUCUAUAGCUAAAAUGAAAGACUAUAAAACUAUUGUAUAUGAUGAAAGACCUGAUGGAAGAUUUAAAAACAGACUCUAUCUAAACAAUCAGACUGGAUCUCUCACCAUCACAGACAUCAGAACCCCACACACUGGACUUUAUAUUAUAACCACUCCCAGCCAAGAGAAACCACUCAAGAUAUUUAACAUCAUUGUCUAUGUUCCUCUACCCAUUCCUGUGAUCACCAGAGACUCAACACAAUGUUCUUCAUCAUCAUCAUCAUCAUCAUCAUCAAUCUGUUCAUUAUUGUGUUCAGUGUUGAAUGUGAGAGAUCUGAGUCUGUCCUGGUAUAAAGGAAACAGUUUAUUGUCCAUCAUCAGUGUGUCUGAUCUCAACAUCAGACUCUCUCUACCUCUGGAGGUUGAAUAUCAGGAUACAAACACAUACAGAUGUGUACUCAACAAUCCCAUCACAAACCAAACUCAACAUCUCAACAUCAAGAAUCUCUGUCAGACGUGUUCAGAUACAACAGCUGUCACAGGAGUCACAGGAGUCGAGGUCACAGGGGUCACAGAAGAGAUCUGCUGCUGUUGUUUUGGUUUUAUUGAAGUUGUGAUCCAAUUGGUGGUCUCUGUUCUGGUGGGCGUGGCUGCUGUUGGUUUUGUGGUUUAUGACAUCAGAUCCAGAAGAGAUGAAGAGAAGAGGAUGAGAUCAGAUAAACCCCACUAAACCUCUCCAGUUCAUUUAUUAUAGUUAUCACACAUUAUUCAUUAUAUCUCUAAACAAUCUUUAUUAUUUCUUUAAAAUACUUCAUUUGUUCAGCUCGACUGUUUUCUUAUUAA